AUGGCUCUGAUGGCGGCGACCACUGCCGCGCUGGAACCGUGCGCGGGCCAAGACGUUGGCAUGGCCAUUAUGGACGCGAUGACGAGCUUGGAAGCCGACGCGUGCGGCCGCGACACCGGCAACGACAACCUCCUCAUGAACGUCUGGACGCACGAGCAAGCGCUGCAGAUUGAAGCGAGCGCCAACUGCGCGCAGUUCUGGACGCUGCUCUCCAACGGCGUCAAGAACAUCGACGACUGCAUUUACGACGCGACGACGGGCAUGAGCAGCUCGCAGUACGCGGCCAUGACGUUUCAGCAGUUUGCCGCCGACCUCGUCGCAAGCACGACUCCGUCGACGCCGAGCCCGACGCCCAACGCCACGGUCAAUGCGACCCACGCCGCCGUGCCCCACAUCUUUUACUAGACUCUUCGUAUGUUAAUCGAUCUCAACUCGACGUCCAGUGGACAACCCGACUA